GGUUACGGACUACGGGUAGGCCUAUAAACUCUAUUCUGGAAAAUAAGGUAGAAUCAUCAAUAUAAUAAUCAAAUUUAGAAAACAAAUAUAUUCUUCUAUAUUAUAUGUUUGUCUCAUAAUUAAAAUAAUGGAUACAGAGGAACCUGUGUAGAUGCUGGGCUUUAUGCUGGAUUCAAAGCUCAGCUGGGCCAGCCACAUCCAGCAAGUGACCAAGAGACUGUCCCGAAUCUGUUUCCUUUUGCUCUGAGGGUACAUGUGACGGAGGCAUAUCUGGUCAUGGUGUAUCAUGCACUUUUCCACUGCCAUAUCUCCUACGGUCUACUCAUGUGGGGUCACUCAGCCAAGGUUGUGGACAUACUGAAGCUGCAAAAACGGGCCGCUAGGAUCAUUACUGGAAGCGAACAUCUUGCUCGUUGCAAGCCCAUUUUUGCUAGGCUGGGUAUUCUAGCUGUAAUCAGCCACUUCCUUCUUCUCUGUCUGAUGUACGUGAAGAAGAAUCAACAAAAUUUGUCACUUGGACUGAUGUGUAUCACCACACCACUAUAGGCAUCGAGAGCCGUUUGACGUCCGCAGUGUGCGCCUCCAUAGAUAGCGGGCAUGCUAUAGGAGUCCAGCACUGUGCUACUUGAACAGGCUGCCUGCAGGGGUGAAGCAGUUGGACCUCAGCGUGUUCGAGAGAGUUGUGACCGGUUUCCUGAGAACCAGGGCUUAUUACGAUAUCCAGGAAUAUGAAUGAUGACCUGUCUCAAAUGUUAUCAGGCCAAAGUGCCAUUAUGUUGAAGAGCAAGGCCUCAUAUGAUAAGUUUUUUCGAUCUGAACUUGAUCACUGCCAUCUUGAUCAAUUUAUUGCUUUUUGUUUUUAUUUAUGACAUGAUGCCAACGAUCCAACGAGUGUGGGUGAUGGAUGAAGAAGAUAGGGUAUAUGGUAAGGUAGGUAGGUAUAAGGUGCGCCAGUGUUGAUAUGUGGUUUGUCAACGCUGCUGGCCUUGAUUGGGCACUGGUCACGUUGCCAGUGUCUGGGCCAACAUAUAGACUAGACAAUAUGCCUAGUUGCUAGUUGGUAGUUACUAGGUAUAUUUCCUAGUCCUCAUGUUGGCCCAGACACUGGCAACGUGACCAGUGCACACCAGAGCUGGCAAACCACACAUCCACACACUGGUGCUGGUUGUCAUUGGCCUUCAUUGGGCCAACAUGAGGAUGCGACACCGGGUAUCUUUAAAAUCCAUUGAAACAUGUUAUGACUUGCAUGUUUCUGCUCAUCCUGAACGCAACUAGCAAGUGCAAGCUUCAAUUGUGAGUGUUCCUAUUGCACAAAUUUCAUUUCUCAUCUGCGCACUUGUUCAUGCAUAACCAAGCUUGCGCUUGCACAUAUAUAUAUAUGCAUUCUAUGUGAUCACACCCUAAAACUGUUUAAAGUUUCUCAAUCAAUUUUGUGUAUACAUUACUUUGAUAUCAUGAGUUAAGGUAAAUUAGUAGACCAACAUUGGAGCUAACUUCAGUCAUCUAACUGCAGAUGGCGAGAGUUAAGCAGGAGAAUGAUAGCAGCCAAGAACCAGCGCCAGAGUGCAGCACUGCAUGCUCUCCAACUGAUGAUGAUUUCAGCCAACAACACUAUCUAAUCCCUGGCUAUAAUCUUAUAUUCAUCAAAGAGGAAGAAUAUGUUGAGCAAGAGGAAGAAGAAUGUUUAGUGGAGAGUGAACCGGAGAUGUGGCCUUCAAAUUGCAGCACAUCUGAAACUGCCAAUGCAACAGAAGUGGAUGGUCUGAAUGCACAUUCAAUCUCUCGAGUGGACAAAUGCACUGAGUCAUCUGUGGCUGGCAAAAAGAUCAAGCUCUACAGCUGUGCUGACUGCAGCUAUAAAACUCCAUCGAUCACUCAUUUGAAGAGACACGUGAGAAAACACACCGGGGAAAAGCCUUUCAGUUGUGAGUUAUGUGAUUAUAAAUGUUCUCAUUCAAGUGCUUUGAAAUCACAUAUGAAAAAACAUACAGGAGAAAAACCUUUCAGCUGCGACUAUUGUGACUAUAAAUGUGCUCGGUCAAAUACUCUGAAGGUACAUACCAGAACACAUACAGGAGAAAGACCUUUCAGCUGCGACUAUUGUGACUAUAAAUGUGCUACUUCAAAUAGUUUGAAGGAACAUACUAGACUACAUACAGGAGAAAAACCUUUCAACUGCGAGUUUUGUGACUAUAAAUGUGCUCAAUCACGUGCAUUGAAAUUACAUAUCAGAACAACACAUAUAGGAGAAACACCUUUCAGCUGCGAGUAUUGUGACUAUAAAUUUGCUCGAUCAAAUAAUUUGAAGGAACAUAUCAAAACACAUACAAGAGAAAAACCUUUCAGCUGCGAGUAUUGUGACUUUAAAUGUGCUCAAUCUGGUACUAUGAAGAGACAUACCAGAACACAUACAGGAGAAACACCUUUUAGCUGCAAGUUUUGUGACUAUAAAUGUACUCGGUCAAGUACUUUGAAGGAACAUAUCAGAACACAUACAGGAGAAAAACCGUUUAGCUGCGUGUUUUGUGACUAUAAAUGUGCUCAAUCACGUGCAUUGAAAUUACAUAUCAGAACACAUACAGGAGAAAAACCUUUCAGCUGCGAGUAUUGUGACUAUAAAAGUGCUCAUUCAUUUAAUUUGAAGAAACAUAUUAGAUCACAUAAAGGAGAAACAACUACUAGCUGAAAAUUUGUGACUUCACGUGUACUCAUUCAAAUUCAUUUUACUGUGUUUCUUAGGGUGAUCACUAAUAACAGGACAAGUGUGUUGAACAUGAAUGUGUAUACACAAAUGUCGUCCAUACAUUGUUGUGUCAUCACAGCUAAAGGCUUCAAAAAUCAUUUUUUGAGGUUCUGAGUAAGUAUCGGCUCACACCUUCCCCCUCCUCUAUUGAAAUUGCCAGGGCCGCCCUGGGCUGGCGUCUGUGGAGGGGUGGAGUAGGGGAUGCUGCUCAGAGUGUGUGGUGUGUGCCGGCCGGUGGUUGGAACAGCCGGGUGAACGGCCUCUUGGGGACGGCUGGGCUCCUCGCGGUUUUCGGUGUCUUCAAGAUACAUCACGGUUGUCAUCUCACCAGACUGAAAUUCUCUCCUUUCUGAGAGGUGAUAGGCCACGCUUUCGCACUACCUGGAGGGAGGGGAGUCGCUAGGAGUGUAUUGGCAGUCAUCACCGUCGUUGUAGUGCUUGGCAACAGGUCAAAACUUGUCAGAAAUGGUCUCCAGGUGUCUUCUGGACGAGCCUUUGUCACUGAUUCCGGUCUGCCUCCAGAUCAAGUAGUGUUCGGUUCGUCCUCUUAGUGACCCCUACGGGUCACCAUAGGUCACCUGACCUGUUUUUUUUUUCAAAUGAAUAAUUUAAUCUCAAAUAGUGCAGCAAAGAAAAAAUGAACAACAUAAAUUUGGAGAUACAAAAACCUAACCUCAACAAAUUCUGCUAGAAGCCUUUUGCUGUGAUGACACAACAUAAUCUAUGACAAUACGUCAUGUAUCAUGCCGUUAG